AUGUUGGGGUGUUACUUGAUUACGUUCAGUCUUGUUGGAGACGAGGAUACACCGGCUGACGGCGAGCCUGCAGAGUCUUCGGAAGACAGCGUGAGGGCGGAGAUUUUCGAUACACUGACAAAGUUGUACCUUUUCUUCAGGGACGCCGACCUUUCGCACAGGGAGGUUAACCGUCUGCUACACAUUUUCCGCAAUCCGCGCUUCAACCUACGGGCCCUCAGACGAUGGCGCAACUGGGUGGACGUGCGCCGCUGGGGCAUGGCGCGAGCUCCCGCCGACAUGGUCCCUUGGAAAACGGAGGAAAUAGUGGUGCGGGGCCCCAAAGGAAUGCAAAUGAAGCUGCUACUGCACUUCCGCGACACAGAGCUGGUUCGUAAUAGAAGCCCGUUGGGAGCUCGCGACGUCGUAAUUAAGUGUCGCCCGAGACAACCGUUCAUUACCUACCAUAACUCGCACCUGAUUCCACCUCGAUGCCCGCAGAUUUUGAAGAAGCUGGUGCGGACGUUCUCAUCGAAGAAGGGGUUCGUUUGGAAACCAAGGAAGAUUCAUCGGAAGAAGAACAACGAGAGGGUGUUUGAAGGACCGGAGACGGGUGAUUGGAUGCACGCUGCCCAGAAGGAGAUUAAUGACGAGGAUGCACUCAUUCUAGGCGUGCUGAUAUACAGUGACAGCACCCAGGCAUCACGGAAUGGCAGGAGGAACGCGUGGCCGGUGCUGAUCUCACUUAUCAACAUUCCGGCGGAAUUGCGAGGAGUGGAGCCUGGGCACACAUUGGCGGCGGUGCUUCCGUUCCCACCUGAGUGGGCAUCGCCUACGGAGAAGACGCGCGUGUUCCAGGAGGCACUAAAGAUCAUCCUCGCGCCCAUCAUGCGAGAGUCUGCAAGCGCGCCAGUUCGCUUCUUCUACUGCACAGACGCGGACGGGAAGGUGCACAAGGCGGUCCCUUGCCUGUACGGAUACCCUGCCGACUUCCCUAAAUCCAGCAGAGCAUCUGCGACGCUUCAGCAAGGGUCGCAUCGACCAUGCGCUAACUGCUAUGCAGACAAGGGGGAGUUGACCAUGAUGGUGGGGAAGGUGGAUCCACGAACCACCGAGAAGCAGAGGGACAUUGUCCGACAGAUCCUGGCGUACACACUGCAUGUUCUGGACUCUGGUGUGCUGAUCCACAUGAUGGACACCUACAUAGAGCCGCUCGGGAAGGUUGAGAUGCGGCUGCUUGAACGACGCAAGAAGGAGUUCAAGGCCAUCACGCCUAGCGUUCUCCUCCGAAUCCCAGGGGGCUCAUCGUUCUUCAGUUCAGGCGCAAAUUACGCCGCGUUCGAGCACAGGAGCAUGAUGCAGAUAAUGCCGAUAUUGGUGGCUGACGAGAGUGCAUUGAAGGGUGGAGAGGAGGGAGAGCUGCGUGCUUUGCAGGUCAAAGCGUUCCGGCUGUUUGCUGUGUUUUACAAGGCGUUUCUGGGGGUUGACAGGCACACACAUACAACAAUUGCGAUUGCACGUCAGCAUGCGAUAGCGUUGGUGGAGUUGCUACCGCGGGCAUUUCCAAAGCAGGCAUCCCACUGGAGACUCCCAAAGAUACACAUGAUAAGGCACUUACUGGACAACGUUGUCCACCGUGGGAUGCCGCACCAUUAUUCCACGGAAAUGUGGGAGCGCACGCACAAGGGCACGGUUAAGGGUCCAGUAAGAGGGAGCAACUGGAGCGACAUUCCACGCCGCAUUGUGGAGGAGGAGGUGCAGCGAGAGGUGUACCGUGAAGUGGCUGCAGACGCGGGGGGUGGGCGACAGUACGCGACCGCAUUGAGCGAGGCAAUCAAGACGAGGAAACCGGUGCUUACAAAGAAGUAUCUGAUCAUGCGCAUAGGGGGGGAGUCGGAUCCAGUGUACAACGAGUACACCGCCGCGCUUGGAGACGAGAUGAAGGGGAUGGCAGAUGAGUUCAAGGCGUUGGGGCUGUCUACCAACAACGUGCAGGUCCACACGGCGGUGGCCAUUCCGCGCACAAGGGGCGGGGAGCUAGUGGCAAAAGGGACAUUUGUGAAGGCGUCUCCCCGAGAGAGGUGGUAUUCGGACGUGGCACUGCUGAACAACAAGAAGGGGGACUGGUUUGCAAGAUGUCUGUGCAUCUUCAGGGCGGUUGACCGUGAUGGGGAGUAG